AUGGCGGCGGCGUUCAGAUUAAGGGCGGCGUUCAUCCAGCGGGUCGCCACCUCCGAAGUCCUUGGGCUAGCGCUUGAGAAGCGGAGGCAUCGAUUCUUCGUCUUCAUCGUCCUCUUCUCCGUCGCUCUUCCCGAAAUUGGCGGCUCCGCCCUUGUACACCGUCGUGGCGUAGAUGUCAUCGGUCUCUGGUCUGCGAGAGGGUUUGGCUCUGGCUCUGGCUCUCGGCUCCGCCUCGGAUUCUGA